UUUCACCUGGUUCUGUAGGCUACUUAAAAUACUAUUUCACAGACACAAAAGGUUGAAUGAAAAAACAAGAUUAACCACUUUGCUUAAGUGUUCAAAAUAAGGUUAACAGUGCUUAGCUCCUGUCCUGCCUUCAGCUGUGGCAUCUCUAAUUUAUGAGCUUCACUCGACUAUCAGCUGCUCACAGUACCAGGCUGUUUGCAGUACACAGUUGUGAAUGUAUUUGAGACUGAGUAUGGGACGUGGCGGUGUAGGAACACAGUGGAUCUCUCCGUGGGUUCAGUCACACAAUUGUAUUUGGAGUAAUGGCAGCACCACAGCGGCCCUCUUUUCUAAAUGAGACUGUAUUUCAGCAAAAUAUUCAACAAGCUGUGUGCUGAAUGCUAAGAAUAACUAAAUGAACACCUUGCCAGCCUCAGCAGGUCCAUACCAUAUCUUUGUUUGCUUCAAUUCCCUUGUGGAGGCAAGAGUAACCACACCGCCUGAGGGUAUUCAAGAAGAAUAAGAACAGGAGUCAUAUACCCCAUUCUGAUAUUCUUACAUGGCAAGUGCAUAUGGGGUGCCAUUCAAAGAUUCACAUUUGAGCAGCAUCACUAAAGAAAAAAGUUUCUUGGAUGGAUGCAAAGGAAGAAUACUUCUGAAAUAUGAUAUGGGAUAUCUCUGGAAGUAGAGUGAAGUAAAACUGUGUUUCUAGGAUCUUAAGCUUACUUUUAUACUGAACUUCAAGUAUUGAAAAGCUGGAUUAGCUCCCGAGUUUCAUUUCUGAUGUUCCCUUUCCUGCCUCUGCAGAACUGCCUAUUGCAGCAACUUCUAUUAGCAACAUUCCCAAAACAUGUAGCUAGGUGUCUGUGUUUUAAUGAACACUUGUAGCUGUAGCUGAGUAUUUUAAAAUUACAGUUUAGCAUAAAUUUAAAAAAAAAUGAAGGGUUUUUUAUGAUGUGUAAGGUGGGCUUAUUAAAAAUAAGCUAGGAAAAAGCUAGUAACUUCUUGGGUAGUAUGAUACUAUGUAAACGAAUUAAAGCUAGUUGUAAAUCAUCUGCUCAAGUUUCACUGACCUCUUAGUGCUUAUUAAAUAAUUAUAAUUUAUCAGUAAUAUAAUGAAACCUACCAUUUCAUAAAGAAAUAAUUUAAUACAGUAUUUUCAUGCUAAACCAGCAUGUAAAAUACUGCAUUUCUAGUGAACCUUGAAACUAAUUUUAAAUAGCUUUAGUAUUUUUAAUUAUUUAGUUGACAUUGUCAUUUUAUGGGAGGAGAAAUUAUCUCCUAACCAUGCUGUGAAAGUUUCUUACAGGCAUUUACUUCACAUGAAUUAAAAUGAAGUACUGAAUAGUGGAGUCACAUUUGACUGUUAAAGUAGCAAUAAUAAACGAAGCUAAGUCUGCUCAGUAAUUAAAGUUCACUGUGAUUCUGCAUCUGCUACAUCUUUCCAAGUAUCAGAAUCAGAAAUUAAGCCCUACUGUAAAUACUUUAGUUUUCUAUGCAAGUUUGAUACAAUAAAUAACUUCCAGUUUUUAUUUUGUACGUUUAGGCUUUACAUUAGGCUUUAAGUAGUAAAGUGGUGUUUCUACCAGUUAAAUUGUGGAAUACUCCUUUGAAUUUUAGGAAUUUUUAAAUUGUUAAGAAGAAGCCAAAUACAAUUUUUGGCAUUUACUUAUGUUUAGUAUUGUGUUUACUGCAUAAACCGUAUUGCUUAAAGUCAAACUUACACAGCAAUCAAAAAUGACAAAAAGACCUCAAAUUCAUGUUUUUGUGGGAGCACCCAGGAUUCCAAGCCCACUGGAGGUGGCAGAGCAAAGUAGUUCACCACCUGCUGCGGAAAAGUGGAGAGAGCUCCGCUGCUCAUAUGAUAUACAUAGUCUUUUUUCUGAAAAAGUCAAAGGUGCUGACCAUGUAGUGUUUCAGGCAGAAAGCUCUAUAGUCACACCAGUUCCUACAAACGAUGACAGCUCUCAGCAGUCUAAACAGGGGAGAUUAAUGGUAGCAAAAGAAUAUUUGACAUCUCUUGUACCUGUGGCAGUAACUUGUACUAGCACACCUAAAAAGACUGAAAGUUUAAUUUAUUCUGAUUGUCAAAUAUCUGAAGAUAGAUGCACACAUGCAAAUGUAAAUGAGGCUGCAGAUCAACACCUUCCUGAAAAAUUUGCAGAAUCAGCUACACAGGAUAAACAAUCACAUGGCUGCUGUUCAAACCUCACUGAAAGAAAAGCCAGUCAUUUAGAAGGGAACAGCUCUGACAUUUCUGAUUUGGUUGCUGGUACUAAGCAGAUUAGCAUACAUCUAAGGUCUAUGGGACAAGUUGUUCAAUCAGAUCAUGGAAGUGAUCGCCAUGAAUGUCUAAGUCAAUAUCUGGAUAUGUUUUUCCCCCAAAAUCAAGAGUCAAAACCAAAAGGAGAACCAGGUGAUUGUUCAGACCUUGAAGUGUCAACUGAUACUGAAUUUCGUAGUAUAAUGACUUCAAGUCAGAUGGCUGUUUUUGCACAGGAUCGGAAUGAGAUGCAGAAAAGAAUCAUAAAACUAUUGGAAGCGGACAAAAAACCUGAAGAAAGGCUAUAUGGUCAUGUCCAAUUUGGUUCUGAUGUUGGAACAUAUCUUAACAUGGCUGAAAAUGAAUAUAAGGAAGAGUACGCAAGUUCCCUUGAACUUUUCAGUUCUGAGGGUGAUGGGAAAACUGUUUGCUUUGAAGCUACAAAACAAGAAGGAAAUGCUCAGGAAAAUACAGAGAAGUCUCAAAAAAACUCAGGAAUAUUGUGCUCUCAAGUAGACGGUUCUCACAAGAACUCUUCUAAAAGAGCCCGCAAGUGUGAAGAUUCCUUUCAUGUUUUUCACUCAGCGUUUAAAAGACAGCUGAAAUCAAAGAGAGCUAAACUGAAUUCUUCUCCAGCUGGUCCUGGGAUGAGAGUGGAUCAAGAGAGGAUGACAGAGUUCAAGAAACUUCAAAAGAAACUAUCGCUACUUAAGAAUUGCUGCUGUAAAAAUCAAAAGUACAAUGUUUUGGUCACAGUAGUACAUCCAUGUCAUAUCAAAGAAAUAGAGGUGAAGACUAGACCAAAAUCUUCAUGUAAAGUUCCUGUAGCAACCAUUGUAGUUGUUGACCAGUCAGAAAUUGAGAGGAAGGUGGUGCUGUGGCGUGGUGCUGCAUUUUGGUCGCUCACUGUGUUUCCUGGGGAUAUUGUACUGCUUACAGAUAUAAUAAUAUAUGAGAACCUUUGGUGUGGAGAAAUCAUGCUGCAAUCUACAUUUACCAGUCAACUACUGAAUCUGGGGAACUGCUCAGCUCUCAAUCCAGAAGAAUUUUAUCCUAUAGUGGAUGAUAGUGUUCUUCGUGGUUUAUUGACAUACAUAUCAUCAGAAUUUCCGCACUUUGGAGACAUUCCACGAAGACAAGUUCAGAGACUGGAUAGUGUUCAGUAUAUGCAGCUAGACCAGCUCCAGCCAAAUACAUUGGUUCACUCAAUCUUGAAAAUUAUCAACAUUGCCGUAUUAACGGAAUCUGUGUAUAGCUACAGAGGUGGCAACCAAAGAAAAAUUAUUCUAACAGUAGAACAGAACAGAGAUCAACACUAUAGAAUGGUGCUGUGGGGAGCAGGGGCUGCCUGGUGCCCUCAACUUCAAAGGAAAAAAGAUCACAUAUGGGACUUUAAAUACCUUCUGGUCCAACAUAGUUCUGUCUCGGGUGACUUUGAACUGCACACAACUCCAUGGUCAUCUUAUGAGUGCUUGUUUGAUGAUGACAAAAGGGCAAUUGAAUUUAAAGAAAAGUUUCAGAAAAGCAAAACAUCCCUUGUGCAGAUGACAAAGCUCUCCGCACAUUUGGAGGAAAAAUGCUCAGGAGUGAUUCAGGUGAAAGCCCAUAUCUUAGAACUGAAGUUUACAAUUUCAACUGGUCAGUACAAGCAACUCAUCUUCCGUGGUGACACUUCACUGGAGUGUGUUUUGGCUUCUCUGCCUAUGAUUACGUAUUCAGGUUGUGCUAAAUGUGGUUUGGAACUACAGGCAGAUGAGAACAUGAUCUACAAGCAAUGUAUUAGAUGUUUGCCAUACAACAAAGUAAAAACAUUCUACAGGCCUGCUUUGAUGACAGUAGAAGAUGGAGGAUAUGAAAUUUAUGUUCACGUGGUAUCUGAGUUGAUGGAAAAAAUCUUCCUCAAUAUUCCCGCAGACUGGCUGAACAGAUUAGUAGUGCCUUCUUCAGAUAUAACCUACAGCACAAUAGUAGCAGAUCUGUGUCACUUGCUGCUAGCAGAUCCUGAAGCAUCCUAUUUGUUGGAAAUUAGGAGCCAUUUUGUGCUAGAUGAAAACAGCUACCCCUUGCAAAAGGAUUUCCAUCUGCUAGAUUUUCAUCCUGAUCUUUGAAGCGUUGACCUCUGCAACAACUGAGUGACAGAGACCGUAGGAGGGCGCAGAUGGCAAACAGAAGAAGAAUGAAUUAGCUCAGGGAAGGAAAUAUUUUUAAAAAUACGGGAAAGGAUUUGCAUUUUAACUUUUACCAAAAAAACCCCAAAAGGACUGGUAUGGAAUAUCUGCUAAUGAUUAUAUACUGCUGCUAUAAUACUGAUAAAUUGUCAUGAAGUAUAUUUUUAUACAUAUAUUUUUAUCUUAAUAAAGUCUUACUGGGUUAUCUAUUUUCCUUUUCUCCCCAGAGAAGUUCACUAGUUUUGAGAGACUGAGUUUUUCUCAGCUGUGGCAGAUUACAGGAAGACAGCCACAAUUCAGUAAUAUUACUUUAGUUACAAGAUUUUUGUUUAUCUUAUCCUAUACAUUAUCUGUAGCAUGCUUAUGUCUUUGCUUUGCUGUUGUGGUUGCUUUCCUUGUUUUAACAGCAGAAUUUCUGUCAUUUACCCUCAGCAAUUUUGCUGCUGUUGUUUUCUCUUCUAAAACAGAAUUGUCUCACUGAAUCUAAUUUUGAUUGUCUAGAAGUUGUUGCACCAAUUUAAUUAAGAGGUUUUAAACAGUUUAAACUGGUGCAUCUUUUCAUGGGCCCUUUAAAUGAUUUAACUGUUGUAGUAUUUAUUGUUGCAGUAUUCAUCCAGCAUAAGCUGGCAAAUAAGCUUAAUCACCUUAGGCCAAUUUAAUCAGCUUAACACUGGUCUGCAAAAUUUUCUCCCAACUUGAUCAGAUUUAGAAAUGAAUUUAAUUCUUUUUAAUGUUUUAGUGUAUUCUUGAUAGUGAUUUUUAUCAGUAAAAGACUGAGUAAAUGAUGGCUGCACCUGACUUCAUAAAGUAACAAUCUCAUAACUAUUACUCUGCAAAAGAGAUUAAAUAUGUAGAUCAGUAUUUUUCUCUGAUUAAAAGUAUCUUUCUCUGAUAUAAAAUGUGCCUCUUACUGAGGCUGGUAGAAGCUGUAGGAUAUGAAUUGUAUUUGCUGUCUGGCUAGAUCUUUGCAGGUCUUUGCCUGCACUAUUCUUGUUUAGGAAAUCAGUUUCCACACGCACUAUUCCAACUGUCCUCAGGCUACAAAUACAGAACUGUUCUCAAAACUGAGUUUGAUAAAUCAAGUUGUCACAUGUAUUGUAAUGCAAGUAGCAUGACUGUUGAACAGCUCUCGUGUGCUGUUUCUUGGAAGUGGUUACUUACAAUUGAAUAACUGUGUUUCUUGGUGCUAGCUUGGAUUCUGUUGUUUUAUCUUACAUGAAACCAGUUUGGGCCUGGGUUUUUAAUGAUGUUAGAGCUAUGUGUAAGCCAUGUAUUUUCUGGUGUACCAAUAAAGCGAAAGGCGGUUAUGUUUCUGAUCAGUCUGACAGCAAGAGAGAAUCCUAAGGGUUACUGGAUGACUUUGAAGAAAUUAAUUCUUAGCUGAAGUUUCCCAAGGUCACUUACCUUAUUUCUGUGUUUAACUACUUGUGUCCUGAUCAAUCUGGUCAGAUUCUAUUGAUCAAGCAAACUUGUGCAGCUGUGCUUUUCAUAGUAAACUUAGUUUUCUGGUUAAGCCCUAGCCAUCUUGUGAUAAAAUAAUUCCCCAGUAUUUAUCUCUGAAAUGGUCUCUGACAGCUUUGUCAGCGAGCCGGCAAAAUCAAUUUCCUGCUCUGCCAAGACACCUGAGACUACUGACAGGCAGCACAGUGACACCAAAAACUGUGCUCAACGCCAGUACGACUGGUGUGCAAAUGGGGUGCAAAUGGCAGGACAAAAUCUCCAGAAAAAGCUAGGUAGCCCCUUAUGCAAAGGAAACACUGCAGAGUCUCGAUAAUUUCCACAAUGUUGAGCCUAAGGCAAGAGAGGAACCAGUCACAGAAGACACUAAUUGCAGUGUCCUAGUCUGAUGAUCAAGAACGAAAACUUACUUUUGCUACUGUUAAUAAAUUGUGCUAAAGUUAAUAUGGAAAACACUGCUUUGCUGUGCUGUUUUGGCUGGGACAGAGUUCAUUUUCUUCACAGUAGCC